AUGAAGACUAUGAAGCAGUGGAUGAAGGAUUGGAGGUAUCCCACCUCUCUGCUAUGCAUCUAUGGGUUCUUCAGCACUGUAAAGCCACUAGAACCGUUCCUCAUCCCAUAUUUAGCUGGACCAGACAAGAACUUAACUAUAGAGCAGGUAACCAAUCAGAUUUUCCCAGUGUGGACAUACUCGUACCUGGCCGUGCUGGUUCCUGUUUUUCUUCUCACUGAUUGGCUACGUUACAAGCCUGUUGUGGUCUUCCAGUGCACCGCCCUCUUGGUCACCACGGCGAUGUUACUGUGGUUAAAAGGUGUACCAGAGAUGCAGGCUGUUCAGUUUACGUACGGAGUGGUGACGUCGUGCGACAUAGCAUACUUCACAUACAUCUACAGCAUGGUGGAGUUGAAGCACUAUCUGAAAGCCACCUCAUACUGCCGGACGGCCCAACUUCUGGGCUACACCGUGGGCUCAGUGCUGGGUCAGGUGCUGGUGUCUUUUGAUCUGCUCUCCUACAAAAACAUUCUCGUAUUUACUCUGAUUAUAACCUCCAUUGCAUGGAUCACCUCAAUCCUUCUCCCAUUGCCCAAAACAAGUAUGUUCUUCCACCAAAGAAGAAGAGAUGGAGGAGAGGAUGAAGAAGAAGAAGAAGUACGUGAGGGCAGUGUUAGCUCAGUCCGACCCUUGGAACCAGAAGCGCUAGAGACAGCGAAAGGGUUUUCGACGAAGGAUAAUCAUCUAGACGAUGUAAAAGUGAAUGAAGCAGCAGAAAAACAGCAGAAGAAUCUGGAAGGGUCCAGUGAUAACAACAGUACAAGAAAUUCCAAAAAAGGAGGCUGUGGUGACGUUCUGCUCCGGUUGUGGAAGGAUUUUCUGCAGUGUUUCUCUUCUCGUACGUUGCUUUACUGGUCUGCGUGGUGGGCACUGGCCACAUGCGGCUACAACCAGACGGUGAACUACGUCCAGGCCCUGUGGGAACACGUGGAGCCUUCUAGUAACUUCACAGUGUACAAUGGAGGAGUGGAGGCCAUCUCAAACCUAUUUGGAGCCGCUGCGGCAUAUGGUGUAGGUUUUUCAUCAGCGGACUGGUCUCUCUGGGGGGAGAUGGCCUUGGGUUUGCUCUCGGCCCUAGAGGGCGGCGCUCUCUUUGCUAUGGUCUUCAGUGCCAACAUCUGGGUUUGUUACUGUGGUUACAUCCUCUUUAAGAGCCUGUACAUGCUACUCAUCACUAUUGCCAUGUUCCAGAUAGCAGCUGGAUUGAAUAUGGAGCGUUAUGCGCUCGUGUUUGGAGCCAACACGUUCUGUGCUUUAGUGUUUCAGACCAUCCUCACUUCAGUGGUGGUGGACAGCAGAGGACUGGGCCUGGAUGUGGUCACACAGUUCAUCAUCUACGGCGCAUAUUUUAGCGUUAUUGCAGUUAUUUUCUUCGCCAGAGGAUUGUAUACAACAUUGUGCCAAAAAUCCAAAAAGAAAAAACAGGGAGAGAAGCCAGAAGAUGCCUGUGAGGCAGAAGAUGAUGCACAAAUCAAAGGAACAAAACUAUGAACAAAUAUAAGAAUGUAAAUAUUCUAU